GAAACGCUUUUAAAUGAUGGUUGUCGUUUGUUCCGGAUUUUCAAAGGAGUAGAUAAAGAAAACAAACCAAAGCACGACGUUUUUCUUUCCUUUCCAAUUUCUUCCUCUGUUUCAGCAAAUCCGAAAUUAAAAAAAUAAAAACAUUUUUUUUUCUUUUCAUAAUAAUGUACUAACACCUCAAAAAUUAAAUAAAAAAGAAAAUACACAAAAAUUGAAAUUCUUUUAUAUUAAUCUCUUUGUUUCUAUCUAUUAUAAAUGAAAACUUGCGCAAUUCUAAAGCAUUACCCUGUCUAUCUCACUCUCUUUCUCUCCGGAAGUUCAUACCAAAACGAUUCGUCGUUUCAUAAUUUCCUCAAGCCGAAAAAAGAAACACAGCCGUUUAUUUGUCUGCUUCCUUCUGGUUUCUGAUAGUUUUGAUUCGCUGCAUCGCUCACUGCGUGAGAAUUGUGGACGCCGAAGCGUCGAGAGCCGUACGAUUGAGGUUCUCUUGGCUUUUAAUAUGUCCUCGGUGAUUGUUGACGCUUAGCGACUGAAAGUCCUAAUCCUAAUCUUAGACUUUGUUUCGUUUUACUCUGUUAUAGUUCUGCUGAUAGUAGAAAAAGAAGAAGGUUUUCGAAAAGGUUUGUUCUAGGAUGGUAUGAGACAAUUUUAGGGUUCGGUAUUUCUGGUUAUUUACCAUAUUGGGUCUGGAUGGUUCUUUCAGACCCGUCUCGUUUUGUUCUUUCUUGUUGAAGGGGUAGAGUUGUCAUUUCAGAUAUGAUGGUCUUGGUUUUCUUACUUUGUUCUUCCUAAACUUUGAAGAACCCUAGAAGGAACCCUUUUAUUGAAAUUGAAAAAUAAAGAAAAACAAACAGCUAAGUCCUUUUAAUUGCAGAAGCGCUUAUUUGAAGAAUUGCCCUUUUUGAGUAAAAUUUUUGGAACCAUAAUUCAAGUUUCUUUGAAUUGAUUGAUUAAUUGGUUCGUUCAAGGUUGUUUUUUCACUGAAGUGUUGGUGACCUUAAUUGUAUAUAUUGUAUAGAAGGAACACAAAGCAAAAUCCUAAUUACAGUUUACAGAACAGUUUCGAAGAAUUUUGGAAUUGGGAAAUUUUGGAUUAUAGUAGCUAUUUGAUAUUUCAUGUAAGUAAGCUAUUUGAUAACCGAAAGUGAAUUUAGGGGAACAGAACGGUUUUUGGGAAUAUUGAGAAAUUUAUAACCUGGAAAAGAAGAACAGAAUUGGGAAAUUCUUUCUUUCUUUAUGAUCAUGUUUAGCGAGAGUUAUGGAAAGAGGUGAGCCUUCAUUAGUACCGGAAUGGUUGAAGAGCGGUGGAAGUGUAACUGGUAGUGGCAAUUCAUAUCACCAAUUUACAUCAUCAUCUUCCCGCUCAGACAAUCAUUCUGCACUGAGGCAUGCAGGAAAUAAGUUGUCUGUUGGCAGUGAUCAUGAUAUAGGCUGGACAUCUGUUCUGGAUAGGACCACUUCUACUUAUUUUAGAAGGAGUUCUAGCAGCAAUGGUUCUGCUCACUCACGAUCUUAUAGCAGUUUUUCUAAAGGCCACCGAGAAAGAGAUUGGGAAAAAGAUAUUAAUGGUUACCAUGAGAGGGAGAAGGAUAUUCUCAGUGACCAAAGGAACCGAAACUAUUAUGAUUCUCUCAAUAACAUGCUGCCAAACAUGUAUGAGAAGGAUGUCUUACGGCGUUCACAGUCUAUGAUAACUGGCAAGCAUACUGACACAUGGCCAAGGAAAGCAACAAAUGAUUCAAGUGCAACCAACCAAAGCAAUCACAGCAGUGGUAAUGGUUUGCUUAGCAUAGCUAGCACUGCUGUUGGUGAUAAAUCUGCAUUUGAACGUGAUUUUCCUGUUCUUGGUGCUGAUGAAAGACAAGUUGGGUCAGAAAUAGGAAGGAUUUCAUCUCCUGGCUUGAGUUUUGCUGUGAAGAGCUUGCCAGUGGGUACCUCAGCUGUUACUGGCAGUGAUGGCUGGACAUCAGCUCUAGCAGACAUGCCCGUGGGUGUGGGAAGCAGUGGCAGUGGUGUUGCAGUUGCCUCACAAAAUGUUUCUUCAAGCUCAGCUUAUGUGGCUUCCACUACAGUGACAGGCCUUAAUAUGGCUGAAACAGUGGCUCAGGGGCCUUCUUGUGCUCGUACACCUCCCUCGUUAAAUGUUGGAACUCAAAGGCUUGAGAAGCUGGCUAUCAAACAGUCAAGGCAACUAAUUCCCUUGGUGACGCCAUUGAUGCCUAAAACUCUGGUGGUCAGUCCUUCAGAGAAAUCAAAACCUAAAGUUGGGCAGCAGCAGCAUCUUUCACUCUCUCUUAAUUACACACGGGGUGGAACUUCAAGAUCUGACAGUCUGAAAGCUUCAAAUAACGGCAGGCUUCUUAUACUCAAACCAUCACAAGAAUUGAAUGGGGUCUCUUUAACCACAAAGGAUAAUUUGAGUCCUACUAAUGGAAGCAGCAAAUUAGUGAAUAGCCCACUAAGUGUCACUCCAUCGGCUGCUGCAUCUGCUCUCUUUAGGAGCUCAGGCAACAGCCCCAGGUUUGCCACUGCUGAACGGAAUCAGACUCCAUUCCAGAUAACCAUUGAGAAGAGACCAGCAUCUCAAGCGCAGAGUAGGAAUGAUUUCUUCAACCUUCUAAAGAAGAAAUCUACUACAAACUCUGCUUCCUCUGUCCCUGAUCUUGGCCCUGCUUUGUCACCAUCUAUCUCAGAGCAGUCUGAUGAACUUGGCACAGAAGAUUCCAGUACUUCUGUUACUCUGCAGGAUGGGGGUGUUUCAUCAUCAGAGAUCUCAAUUGCUGACUUGCCAACUGAUAAUAGGAGUGAAAUAACUUACAAUGGAGAUACUUAUGAUGGGUCCCAGCGGUGUUCUAGCAAUGGAGACAGGCAUUCAAGCCAUGAUGCGUUUCUAUAUCCUGGAGAGGAAGAGGCUGCAUUUUUACGUUCCCUUGGUUGGGAAGAGAAUACUGGAGAUGAUGGUGGUCUUACAGAGGAGGAGAUUAGUGCCUUUUUUGAGGAGUACAUGAAAUUGGAACCAUCUGCAAAACUUUCCCACCGAUUGCAGUCAAUAGGUCCAUUAAGAUCUCAUAAUGGGACUCUUGGCGGUGCCUCAGCUAAUUGACUUGGGAAGAUUUGAAUGUGUUGCUGUUAUGGCUACACUUUAUUUUCCCUUUUGUUUACUUUGAUUGAUAUUGGGAUGGAUGAAAACCCAAGGAUUGGGUUUUAAAAGAAAAGAUAGGAUGCAAUGCAAUGUAAGUAUUGCUGUUUGUGAGAGUGGGUUGGAAUAAACUACAAAUGAUCCAGUCCUAGGAAGAGGAAGACCAGUGAUGUGUUAUUCCUGGUUUUUUAACAUAGGAUUUUCUUAGAUAUAAUAAAAAGGUAGAGAAAGAGGGUAGGAAUAGGUUUUUCUUACUAUAUCUGCAAUGUAAGAAUUUGGUGGGGAUUUAACUUGAGGCUGAGGGGCACAGUUCAACGAAUAGCUUUUCUUUUUUUGGUCAUUUGAAAAGGAAAAGAGACGAAAGAGAAUUAGUUGUGUACGGUUUGUGGGUAUCCUUUCUUUUUCUCUGUUUCGACUUAGAUUAGAUUCCGUGUCUAUAUUUAAGGAAUAAUACCAUUGUUCUUAGACAGAAAAGCAAUCAAAGGAUAGUGUUUCAUUUUGGGUAUAUGAGAAUCAUUCAUUUGCUUGAAUCAACUUUAAGCUUCUGUUUAUCAGUAUUGCUGUGUCAUUCAUGGUAACUGUAUCGCAAAGCUUAGCCGCAAAAGCCGAAAAUUUUUUUUU